CACAACAAUCAUCAGGCUAUCAUAAGUCUUGAGUUAGGUGAUUUAGCAAGGUUCCAAGCAGCAAUAUGCCUUCUUUUAGCAAAAUUCUAUGUGACACAGAUGUGAAGAAACAAAUGGCAGUCAAUAGCGACUUUGUUGGUCAUCUCCCGGAAAGCAGAGGAGGGGAAACGGUAACUUUUCCUGUCGUGGACGGUUCGGGAACAACUUGGCAGUUUGGGUAUUAUGUUCGGAGGGAUGGGCACCCGAAACCAGUUUUUCAAGGGGGCUGGCAUGAUUAUCGCCGCGACAGAGGUCUCAAAGCGGGUGAUAAAAUUACCUUUUGGGCAGAUGGCGGCAACUACAGCAUCCAAGCAGAAAGGAAAAUCAAACUGUUGGGUAAAGAGAUGUGGACCAGUGACUUCUAGACAUGGACAAGCAGCUGGUUGAUGUUUUUGUUUUGUGAAUUAUAAUCGUGGCAGCUUAAGUUAAAGUAUCUUGUUAAUUUUGUUUCGUGGAGUUGUGUCUGUUUGCAGUUGGGGUUAGUUAAAUGUUAUGUUCUGAAAUUUGAAUGUUUGUUGGUUUUGAUUUGAUGUAUAAUUGCGUAUGUCUAUGUUAU